UCAGGGACAUCCGUACAACAAAGUAACACAAAGUAUGCGGGUAGCUGGUCUAUGUCAAUUCAGAGAUUAUGAAGUGGAACGACAGAAACAUUAAGAAAGUUUCAACCUUGGUUUUAACAUUGGUUCUGUAGGUGGCGGUAUGUUCAAAAACCAUGGUUGCACCCCCACAUUUCACCCAAGAAGAAGAAAUGAGCAACGAUGGUGAGAGUAAAGUCAAGAUAUUUAUUGUGUGAGAUUAACGUGUCAGAGAGGAACCGCCUCUUGCUCCUCGAUGACCGAGCCAUCACUUCGGCAGUGAAGGAAGCAGUGGCCCGCAUUCACGGCGACUAUGGAGCGGCACUGUGCAGCAUCAGGUUCUCCGUCAAAUACCUGAAUACUCACACUGGAAUGGUCUUCCUGCGUUUCCCUAAAAGAUUCUACAGACUCCUUUGGUCAGCAUUGCCCUUUAUCACCAGUAUAGAAACACGUGGGCAGAAAAUACCAUGUUUUCUCAACUGUCUCCACAUCGGAGGAACCAUUAGAACAUGUCAGAAGUUUCUGGUGCGUUACAACACACGACAGCUCCAACGGAUGCUUCCUAACUGCGAUAAUGAAGGAGAAAGGAAACAGAUUCGCAAAGCCAUUUUAAGUUGUUCGUUAAUACGAGGAGCAUUUGAAGAAAACCCAGAGAGUGAAGAAGAUGAACAGUAACCGCACCAAAUACAGGACACGGAACUGGAGCUGCUGUCUAUCUUCACUACUGUCAUUGAAGAGUGGUGUGUGACUGGACUGACUCCUCCCUGGUUUUGUCGACAUGCAGGGCAAGGCUUCUCUGCUCUGUGGGCCAGGUCGCUUUCACCCCGCAUUAGGCCGGAUUUGCUGCCAUGUAGUCAAUCGAUAAACAUCACUAUUAAGCCAGGCUCAUGUAAACGUGCAUUUAAGUGACUUGCUGUCUGGGGUUAUGGAGUUUUGUUGACAUAUAUGUCUGUCUUUAAAAGUGUCACACUUGAAAAAUAAACUGCCUAUGGUAUCAGUUUCA